GAAAAGAAGAAGAAGAGAGCAGGUGGAGGACAGAAGAGAGGAGUCUGAGAGACAAUAAGAUGGUCCCACUGAGGCUGGUUGCCUUUGGCUUGCUGGCUGCUGCCUGGUAUUUCACUCGUGCUACUGAGGGAGAGGUCAUCUACGCAUGUCUGAAUGAUACUGCCGAGAUGUCAUGUGAUGUUGGCAGUAAGAUAAAUUUGGAACACAUCCUGUACAAGGUUGGUGUAGGAACGAGGUGUGGGGAAGGAAAACGCCAUCCUGAUGACGGGCCCGACAACUACUGCUCCUUCCCUUGGGCUGAGAUGGUGGUGGAGGAUCUCUGUGGCAACAAGAGGUCCUGUAAUGUCCCUGUCACUGAUCGGGUGUUUGGAGAAUACGACUGUAUGGAGCAGACCAGGUAUCUGGAGGUGUCCUACACCUGCGCUAAACCACCUCCUCCACCUCCUCCACCUCCUCCACCUCCACCUGCUCCACUCAAACCUGACUGUGAAGACAAACCCGCUGCUGAAGCCUGAUGCUUUUAAAACUCUGGUUGGUUUCAAGUCCACGUCCAACAUGAGACCAACCAGAAUCUACACUCAGUGACUGACAGAGGUCAGAGAUUAGAAUCAUAGUUACAUAGUUUGAG